GCAGUGUUGCGACCGCUCGCGUUUUCUCACGCGCAGUCAAUGGAGUCACUGCGUGUUUCUGGAAAUACAGACAUUUAUGAAUAUUCAUUAAUAGAUCAGUGUGUAAUAAUUAAUUUAAAUGGUUUAUAAUCGGAUUCCAGCCAUUGCUUGAUGUCAGUAAGGUAUUCAUAUGCGUGUUUAACACGGCGUUAAGAUUCACUGCGGCCUGACGAUUAAAUCUCUAUCAUUAAAUUAUUAAACUAUUAUAAUAGUUUAGUAUUCAGUCAGUAAUCAAGAGUGCGGACUCAUGUAAAUAUGGCAGACGAGGGAGCGGUUGUGAUGCAGCAGAUUGUGGACAGGAGUUGUUGGGUGUGUUUUGCCACAGAUGAGGAUGACCGUACGGCAGAAUGGGUGCGUCCGUGCCGCUGCCGUGGUUCAACUAAGUGGGUUCAUCAGUCAUGUCUUCAGCGCUGGGUUGAUGAAAAGCAGAGGGGCAACAGCACCGCACGUGUCGCCUGCCCACAAUGCAAUGCUGAGUACCUCAUCGUGUUCCCUAAGCUUGGGCCGGUGGUGUAUGUUCUGGAUCUGGCAGACAGGUUGAUCUCAAAGGCCUGCCCGUUUGCUGCUGCUGGUAUCAUGGUGGGAUCCAUUUACUGGACGGCCGUCACUUACGGGGCUGUGACAGUCAUGCAGGUUGUGGGUCAUAAGGAAGGUCUGGAUGUGAUGGAACGGGCUGAUCCUCUCUUCUUGUUGAUUGGCCUGCCCACCAUCCCAGUUAUGCUAAUUCUGGGGAAGAUGAUUCGCUGGGAAGAUUACGUGCUCCGCCUUUGGAGGAAAUACUCCAAUAAGCUUCAGAUCCUCAACAGUAUCUUCCCAGGUAUUGGCUGCCCAGUGCCCAGGAUCCCGGCGGAGGCCAGUCCGUUGGCCGAUCACGUGUCGGCCACACGGAUUCUGUGCGGAGCCCUUGUGUUCCCCACCAUCGCCACCAUUGUGGGUAAACUGAUGUUCAGCAGCGUCAACUCAAAUCUUCAGAGGACCAUUCUGGGUGGCAUUGCGUUUGUGGCUAUUAAAGGGGCGUUUAAGGUCUAUUUCAAGCAGCAGCAGUAUCUCCGACAGGCUCAUCGCAAGAUCCUCAAUUUCCCUGAGCUGGACGAGGCCUGAGCUCAUCACCGAUUCCAUCCACCGUCAUUCUGAUUUCACGCAGCUUUAAGAGACACUACCGCGCCGCCACACUACUGGACAUUUUCACAAACGCUGGAUUUGGUUUUCUUUUCCCUGUGAAUGUGACUAUUCUGUUUGGAGUUAGAACAGAGAUUUAGCUUUAUUUCAGUCAACAUAAUCAGACCUGGGAGUUGUGUGUUACACAUUUUAUGGGCUUGACAUUUUAAGAAAGAGACUGAGGAAAAAUAAAUAUCGGAAGAACGUUUUAUAUUAAUAAGUGAUUGUUUUAUAUUGAAUUAGAUAUGUUCAGGUGAAUCACUAUCUUUCAACCGAAUCUUUAAAGUAUUCUUAACACGCGAAAGACGACGUGCCGUUUCACAUGAAGCAAUUUUGCUAAACAUUUCUCCCCAAUUAGCCUAGCAAAUGCAAUAUUACAUACUAAAGGCAAAUAUAAAUAUCUAAAGCCGUUUGUAAUGACCUUAUUAAAUAACCUUUGUUAUGUGAUUCACAAAUAAAUGUACUUAUUUCACCCAAAAAUCUAAAGAAAUAAAAUAUAUUUUGCUUAGAUUUUUUUUUGUUUCAAUAUGAAUUAGAUUUAGUAUGCGUCAUAUACUACUAUUACAUAUAUACUUAAAAUUAUGCUUUACAAAUGUCUUUAUUUGAAAUAUUUCACAAAUCAAAAAAUCCUAAAAAUAGGCUUUUUUGAAACAAAAAUUUUUUAUGCUGAUUUUGGGGUUAAAUAUGACCCUGACAUCUUUUGUGAAAUUCAUCGUCUUGCCUGCCUUCACAUAAUUCGAUCGGCCAAUCAUCUUUAUUUUCCUUCUUUGUGGUGUUGAUGUCUGAGUUUCAGGGAGUCACUUUUAUAAUUCAGAAAUCAUGUAAUAAUUUGAUUUACUCUGUUAAGAGCCUUGUAUCCAGUCUGAGUGUUUGGUCCUCGAUCAAUUAUUCUAUUAAAACAUUAUGGUAACCUGAUGCCUCAUAACUGCUGUUAAACCUGUUUCAUAAUAGAUAAAUGGCAUCUUGUAGAACAGUGAACUUUAAGAGUAAUAGUGGCCUUAUUAUACCACGACAAUAUAUGUGUCUUAAAGGUCACAUGGUCCAGAUGCACAAGUGUAUUUGGUGAACAUGCCAAUUUUUUCCUGAAUCAUUGUGUUUGAUGACUUCUGAUUCAUGAUGCAAAUCUGUUUUAUCUCUAGUUAUCAGCAACUGCUGAUUUUGACCAUAAUAUUGAUGAAAUAGGGAGAAAACGGUAUAUAAAUAGUGUAAAGUGCUGUUUUGUAAUGGCAUACUGAGCAACAGUACACUACAGUGUGAAUUUAUGAAACAUUUUCCAGUGUGCAGUGAGGCGGGUGUUUUAUUUUACAGAGCUUGUGUAAUUAAAGGUGCAGUUAGCAAUUUCUGAGAAACAUUGUUGAUAUGUGAAAUCAACCCUAACACGCCCCUCCCUUCAUUGUUCCGCCCCCAAAAUGCAUGAACACACAGAGUCCCUGACAGCAACAUAGUGUUGGCCCAGAUCCGGCCCACAUCUGGUCCGUGUGUAAUCCACAUGUACCAGAUGUGGGUGGGAUCAGGGCCACACUAUGUUGCUGUCUGGGGUGGAUGUUUCUUUAUCAUAGCUGAAGCGAAGCAAAAUAGUGCUUUGCGAAAAAUAAAGCAAAGAUGGCGAAGGAACGACAAGGAAUAACAAAAAAAUGAACACACUGUACACAAGUAUAUACAAGCAAGAGUUUGUUGUUAGUCGCCAGCAGCACACCAGCUCCAGACAAACAAUGAUACUCAAAACUGUCCUGUUACUAUAGCUAACAUUACAACAACAGCAUAUCUCGGUUAUGUGAAACGGCAAAACAAAUGUUACUCACGUAUUGAGCAGAAACAACCAACCUCGGUGUCUGUUUUCAGGCCUUCCGGAGCUUUUAUUAAGCUAAUAUUAAUGUGGGUCCUAAAGCUCUUGCCUGAUCAUAACCCUUCGUUUUCCAGUGAAAUUCCUCCUACAUUUUCUCUUUUUGUAAUGUCUCUCAGCCAUUUCUCUUUCUCUCCUCUCCCAUCAUGAGUGGACACGCCCCCUACUGCUGUUUGGCUACAAGUGUGUUGUGGCACUCGGUCUGAUCCACUUUUUCACAGUGUUUCUCAGAAAUCGCUUACUGCACCUUUAACUCUGCUUAACUCCUAAUUAGCUGUUCGAGGUACUAUCUGUCCAUAGAGCUAAAGAACAUUAUUAGCGCUUCUUGAUGAUAGGCAUAACAAUGAAAGAACAUGCUUAAUGUUGACGUAGUUGCUAAAAAAUAGUGUUUAUCUUCACCAGCUGCGAGACUAGCAGUAGCAGACCAGUUAUUCUGUUGCCUAAAUAUGAUUUUUAAAUUCUCACCUUUUCAGAAUCUAAUUGUGCUGUAUAAUAUCAAUGGGGUAUGUAUAAUGGCUCCUGUUGUACAGAUGAAACAUAAUGCCAAAUACAGAACAUGUAUGUUGUAUAAAUGGAUGCGUUGUACAGAUACGGCUUUUCAAUUUAUAGUUUCCGGUUGAUUUAUGUAAAUAAAUGUAUUUUUCCAAUGCUU